GCGACUGCAUUUGAUGGCGAUGCGAGAACCAACCCGGCCGGUGUGAGGCUGCGGCAGUGCCACCCAUCGCCGGCGAGAACCACGCUUGGAGUUGGAGGCGAAUCAGGUGAUCAGCGACAGUGAUGCGAUUUUGCAGCAGUUGCUCGCCGGGCGACGAGAUCGAUAGAGCCGUUUCUUUUCCUUUUCGUCCCAAGUGCGCUCUGCCCGUCCCCUUUCUAGAUGCCGAGAAGUCAUUGUGAGAUGGGAGAAGAAAGAGCGGCCGAUGGCGGGCCCGGCUCUGUAGAGUCGACUGCAGCGAGCUCUACCUGCUCGGCUUCUGCGGCGGCGGCGUCGCCGGGCGGGGGCAAGAGGGGGAGAGACCCCGACGACGAGGUCUACCUCGACAACUUCCAUUUGCACAAGCGUUAUCUCAGCGAGAUAAUGGCUUCCAGCCUUAAUGGGUUAUCAGUCGGGGACUCCCUUGCUGCUGACAAUCUUGUGGAAUCCCCUGCAAGGUCUGAAAGUGUUUCUUACCUCAGGGAUGAGAUUGCCUUACAGUACUCCCCCAUGUCUGAAGACUUGGAUGACUGCCGUUACUGCGAGAACCCAUCGGGUAGCACAAUUCCUCAGUCUGAUGCGAUGAGCACUCCCACUAGUCCAGUCUCACCACAUAGGUAUCAAAAUCCAUUUACUACCAUAACUACGGCCGUCCAAUACCCGUUGAAUACAUACCACACUGUUGCUCCUGCGUGCUCCCAUCCACGCCAACGUGGAUCCGAUUCUGAAGGCAGGUUCCCUUCGUCGCCAAAUGACAUGUGCCACACAACAGACUUGCGACGAGCUGCACUUUUAAGGUCAGUGCAGAUGAGAACGCAACCGCAUUGUCAAGCAGUGUACGAGUUAUCAUUCAAUAGCAGUCAGGAGAACAUGCAGAGUACCGACGAAGGUGAAGACCGCUCUUUCUCCUGCGAAAAAGGCCUGGAUGAUGAGGAGGCAGGAUAUCAAAGCACAGAGAAUGAAGUAGAAUAUAUCGAAGAUUACUCCUCGUUGGAACAUGUUACAGAUUCCAAGCUAGCUCCAAAACAGGAUUGAGGUUGUGAAAAGAGAUAUAUAUCUCUUAACUGCUAAUUCUCAGGAUAUUCCUCCACUUUUUUUUUUUUCUUUUCAUGAACUGUUGAGGGUUGAGGCAGCAUUUUGAUGGUAAAAUGAAUCUUGAACCCCUUGAUUGCACUUUAUAACACAACUCUAUGGUCACAUCUGAAUUGUCUUCAGAGCAUGAGAAUGCUAAUAAAUAUUAUUAUGGUUUUAGUGGGCA